AUGGAGAACACUGUGAACAUGUUUCAGAAGAAGAGCGAGACCACAAGAUCACCGACUAGGCUGCAGCGGCGAGCACCCACUGCUCUGCAUCUUGAUCACGUUCCCGAGAAUCCCUUUCUGCAGCAGUCUUGUGAAACGGUCGCAACCACAGCUAUUCCUCUGCUUUCACCUCUCUUUGUUUCUCCAAAUCUGCACACUAGAGAAGAGGACGAUUUCAGGUUUCCGGUGGGUUUUACAGACAAGAACGGGUCUCAACCAUCAAUGGACCACAAAGAAGGGUGGCAAUAUUCGGCUAAGGCUGACAAUAGCAACCAGAUGGCCCUCUUGAGUAUGUUUCAGACCAAGUUCGUGCUUGUGGAUCAAUCACAGUGA